AUGGCACCCAAUCUAGAGACAUUCAAGCAUAUUUCGAGCAGGAUUAACUUCUUCCGAAAUCACCGCCCGGACCAGAAUUCUACCGAUAGUGAGAAAUCGCCCCAACAUUUACUUACUCAAAUACGACCGCCGUCAAUAUCAAGUCUCAAUUUCGCAUCAGCAUCAGCAUCAGCACCAGCGGCAUCGGCCUCGGACUCAGCUUCGACCUCAAUCUCACCGUCCGCAGGUCCAGCCCAGGCCAAAAAGACCUCGGAAGUUUCGCGUAACAAACCGCCCACAAUGGCUUUGAAACAAGGUUCUAACUUGCCCCGGGCGUCAAAAUCAACAUCCACGUACACGAAAAUGCCAACUUUCUCGAGCACAUCUUCGUCGAUCUUUGCUGGCUCUUCAGCUGGUGCGCCCGCCACGAACAUGGUCGCUGACGGAAGUUCGCUUCGGGUGGAAUCAGCGGGAAAGCCCUCAGCAAGCAAUAGUAAAAUGCUCAGUCAGGGUCUUGGUAGCAAAUAUAACCCUAUUGACCUCACCGACAACACACCCGAGAAUGAUUUUCAACCAUCAUACCACUCUACUUUCGAGACUCCUAAAGCUCUUAAACAACAUUCAUGGACUCCAACGGCAAGUCUCCCUCAUACAGCACAUUUCCAUCCAACAACCCCAGUAGCUCCGGCAGCCCCGGCAACGCAGGAUUUUGUUCAUCCAGGUCUGUGGGCGCUUCCCGGGUAUCCAAACCAUUCUUACGGACCCAUGAAAUACGACGAGUUCCCGCCAAUGUUUGACACUUGGUCGUUAGCCGAUGCCGGGACGUUCUGGGAUGAUCCGUCCGUACCACCUGGAGCCAACACUCCGUCGCUGGGUCCACCAGAAUACCCGAAACCCACAGUUGAUGAGAUGGCUUUUCAAAACUCUGGAUCGUGGUUUAGUAAGUGGGCGGGAAGUAGCCUAACCCCACCCUUCCCAUACCCGAACUAUCCUCAACAACAACCAAACCAGGGACCGCAGUUCGGGGGAACGGCGAUGGAUGUGGACAGUCCGGAGGAUAGCAGUGAAUCUUCGGCGGAUCAAGAUGAACUUCCGGAGGAACCCACCGCCUCCAACGAAAUAUUAUCUAAACUGGAGCCGUUACAACAGUUCGUCCGAGAGUGUCUUCGCCGAACCUGCCCCAAAUGCCCUACCAAGAGAGCAUUAGACGCCAAGGAUGUCGUGAACAUGACGACAGGAUGGGCCAAAGAUUCUGAUAAUAUCGUCCUAGGCACGUCGUGUCAAGGCCGAUUUUGUCAGGCAUUCACGUGUCUCGGCUGUGGAAAGGCCAUAUACAUUACAGGAAUGGGAAGAGCAACGAGUAGCUUCUUCAUAUCCGGAAAAAAGGUCGCCGUGUAUUGGUGCUGCGAUGACGGAAGGCUCGCUGCGAUUUGGGCUCUUGCUUGCGGUUGGAAGGCGCCGACACCCAAACCCCGAACCGUAACCCGCGUGGUCAAUAAGGUCCGAGAACGAAGUAACACCAAGUUCGCCACGACUCACGGCGGACAUAGCCAUAGUACGCAACGCACGCCAGCUAACGCCAAAGGCAUUGGUUACGGUAGUGAACGACCAGAAUAUCAUCCCUUCAGCUAUUUCCAAAGUCGACUAGCUCCUCGCCCGAUCCCCGAAAGGCCCAUAGAUACUCAAGAGGAUUCCGUACAGGAGGCAUAUUUCAAACUCUUAGCUGCGCUGCUUCCUUCGCCCACUGGAAGUACUGAUUUUGACUUUUUGCCUCCUUUUUAUUUCUCGCAUAUGCUUUCCCGCAGUCCUCUAGUAGAGAUGACCGCUAUGAUGUUGAAUAAUGGCUCGAUGGAAGAGAUGUCCCGCCAUUGUCGGCUUCAUGACGCCAUGUUAGAUUUUUUCGAGGCAUUAGGCAAUCACCCGGCAACUACUGGGUUAUUGUAUAAUGACCGCAACUUGUAUCACGCGAAAGGCGGAAGCCUCUUGGAGGUUUCAAUCCCUCCAGUCCACAAAAAGGCCAAACUGGCCCCCAAGGAUACCAGUAAACCUUUAACAACAUUAUUGGAGAAAAUGGCAACCCAGUCGCGGACAGUUCUUCGCCAUGCCAGGGCCAAUCCUACCGAGUUUCAAAAUACCGAGGGGCGGGAUCUGCUAACGAUUAGUCAACGGUUAAUUAAUCUCUCCGCUCACCAUAUGAGCAAUAUGCAACUUCUCCAAACGGAAAUGGAUACGAGCGACGGUGAAUCAAUUAUCGACUUUUCUCAGUGGCAUCGCGAAAAUAAUACUCGAGACACUCCUGAUGAAUCGAUUCUGAAUGGCUUCGCAUUCACGCGAGAACUUGAGAGAAUGUCCAACGCGAUCCCAGCCCGUGGAAGAAUGAAGAGGCUAAUUACUGAGAUCUCGACGCUUCAGACAUCUCUGCCGGAGGGUAUUUUUAUAUGCCAUGGAUCAUCACGACUAGACAUCAUGAAGGUCCUCAUCAUUGGACCCAAAGGUACCCCUUACGAGCAUGGAUUGUUCGAAUUUGAUUUGUGGUGCCCCCCAGACUACCCAAAUUCGGCGCCCAAGAUGAAAUACAAGACCACAAAUAACGGAAGAACGCGAUUCAACCCGAACCUGUACGAAGAUGGCACAAUAUGCCUUUCCUUGCUAGGGACAUGGUCUGGUGAGCCCUGGAGAGCCAAUAAGUCAACUAUACUUCAGGUACUUGUGAGUAUCCAGGCCAUGAUUCUCUGCGAACAGCCCUGGUACAAUGAACCCGGUCGAGAGUUAAACGAGAACAAGUCUCUAUCAACGAAAUAUAACAACGAUAUACGCAGCUGGACGUUACAAUAUGCCCUGCUGCCCUGGAUCAACGCACUUAGUGCCAAAAACACAGAUCAAGGCGCCAGCUCUAGCUCUACUACAAGUGUUGAACCACUCUGGAAGGAAACCGCUCGAUUGUUCUUGUGCGCGAAAGCUAGGGACAUCAUAAGCUCAUCCAACCAGGCAGCUUCCAGAUCACGAAAGAUGGCGUUACAAGGUGUCGCAAAGACCGUUGAGUCGACCCUUCGAGCAAAGGGUUUUGUAGAUUGA